CAAUCACUUCCUCUGCAGUCGUUCGGUUCACUAUAAACUAUCUUUUGCUCGCCGUGGUCGUCGUCGCUGUCGCUCCGAGAUUGUGUGGUGACUUUUGAUUGUGAAAUAGUUUGCAAUUUUACCCGAACAAAGACAAAUCCCAGCUUCAAUUUUCCGAUAAGUGGGGGACUUCCCCCCGGCCCGGAAUUAGUAGUUGAUAGUGCAGCCGAAGAUGACAUCCAAUUGGGACAAAUUGGUGCUGCUGCUGUGGAAGAACUUCCUGAUCCACAAACGGCACCGCUGGCGGACGCUGUUCGAGAUCGGGCUGCCGAUUUUGGUGUUUUCUGUGGUGUUGCUGCUGCCGUCGCAGCCGCGUCCGGUGGGACCGGAGCGGUACGAGCCACUCAGCGUCGAUAGCGGUGCCAGAAUCCCAGCUUACCUACGACAGCUGGCAUUCAGCCCAAACGUGCCCUAUUUGAAAGAGAUAGUUGACAACGCAUGCACCCUCCUUGGCCUAUUCCAGUGCGAUGGCUUCGACAGCGCUCUUGAAAUGCAGGUCGCCCUAGUCAACAGUAGCUACCUGUGCGGCAUUGACUUUGGCGAUCACUCGAAAACCUCAUCCAAGCUUUCCAACGCGACAACCUUCAAGCUACGUUUUCCAUCGGAGCUACGAUACAGUUCACCAGGAGCAUCGCUGUCCGACUGGAACACCAAGCAGCUGUCGGUCCCGUUCACGGUUACCAACUACAAUCCGGCGAGCCCCGAUGGCGGACCGCCAAACUACUGGCAGGAACAGUUUUUGGCCGUCCAAGCGGCCGUUUCGAAGGCCUUGCUGGUGGAGUUGGCUCCCAAUGCCAAGCUUCUACCAGCCAUGAACGUUCGGCGUUUCCCGUAUCCAGCCACGGUCGAUAACGAUCUCUUCGUGGUGCUACCGUACAUGGUGUCGAACUGGCUACGGUUGGUGUUCAUGUAUUUCUUCAUCAACUCCGUCAAGUACAUAGCGCUGGAAAAGGAAAAUCAGCUCAAGGAAUCUAUGAGAAUGAUGGGUCUUCCGGGUUGGAUUCAGUGGGCUUCUUGGUUCGUGGUACUUCUGCUGAUGUUGCUGAUUCCGGUUACGGCGAUCACCAUCAUGCUCAAAGUGUCGAUCUUCCCGUAUUCCAGCUGUUUCUUGAUCUGGAGUUUCUUGACUCUCUACAGUUCGUCGGUGAUCUGCUUCUGCUUUCUGGUGAGUGUGUUCUUCAACAAGGCUACACGAGCGGCUACGCUGGCCUCACUGGUUUGGAUCGCGUCGUUCAUCAGUUUGCCGAGCGGAGCUCCGUUCUGGGCGAAGAUCGUCUACUCGCUGUUGCCAAAUCCACCGAUGGGUUUCGGGAUGGAUGAUAUUAUCAGGCUGGAAAUUGCCGGGGUCGGGUUAACGUUUGAGACGUUGUUCAAGGAGACAGAGAUGAAGAAUCCGUACUCGUUCUCUGUGGCGGUGGCGAUGCUGUUGACGAACAUCUUGCUGUAUUUGGUGUUGACGAUCUAUCUGGAGCAGAUCAUGCCGGGAAAGUUUGGGGUGGCCAAGCCAUGGUAUUUCCCGUGUACGAAAGUUUUCUGGAGUCGGAAGUCCUCGAAUGACUCUGAUUCGCUGCUGGAACCUACGGAGAGAUCGAGGUACUUCGAAGAAGAGUCUCACUCACGUGCGUCGGGUGUUCAAAUUCGGAAUUUGCGCAAGGUCUACGCUGGUGGGAAGGUCGCCGUUGAUGGGUUGAACCUUAAUUUGUACGAAGGGCAGAUCACGGUACUGUUGGGCCACAACGGAGCUGGUAAGACAACAACGAUGUCCAUGUUGACGGGAAUGUUCUCGCCGAGUUCGGGGACGGCACUGAUCAACGGGUAUGACAUACGGAAUCGAAUGGACGACGUGCGGAGUUCAAUGGGUUUCUGUCCGCAGCAUAACGUGCUGUUUAACGAGUUGACGGUUCGUGAACACUUAGCUUUUGCUGCGCGGCUGAAAGGGACCAGGUCCGGCGAGGUCCGAUCCGAGGUGGACAGGUAUAUCAAUCGAUUGGGAUUGAUGGAGAAGGCUCGUGCGCAGGCGUCUACGCUUUCAGGAGGUAUGAAGAGGAAACUGUCGGUCGGAAUGGCGAUGUGUGGAAAUCCGAAGGUUGUGUUGUUGGACGAGCCGAGUACCGGAGUUGAUCCGACGGCCAGGCAUGCGUUGUGGGAUUUCCUGCACGAGGAGAAGCGAGACAAGACGGUGCUGCUAUCGACACACUACAUGAAUGAGGCCGAUGUUCUGGGUGAUCGUAUAGCGAUAUUGGCGGAUGGUAAGCUAUCGGCAAGUGGUUCGCCGUUCUUUUUGAAGAACGCUUUCGGAGUGGGUUAUCGAUUGGUUUGUGUUAAGGGCAGAAAAUAUUCUGAGACGUGUUUGCUGGAGACACUGCGGAGAUAUAUUCCGAGCGUUAAGGUAGACAGUGAGAGCUCAUCGGAGGUGCAAGUACUUCUGGAGAAGAAGUAUAUCCAAAGUUAUGAGGUUAUGCUGGACGAGAUGGAAAGAAAUAUGGAAUCAUGCGGAAUAAUGAGCUAUGGAGUGUCCUUUACGACGUUGGAAGAGGUCUUCAUGAAAGCCGGAACGGAAUCCCAUCUGCGAGCUCAUGGUGAUGAAAUCAGACCAAAUGAAAGCGUUGUCCCACUAGAAACUAGGACAGCAAACGAACCCAACAGUCUGCUCAUCAGUUCGAACAAUCUUCAGAGCAGCGUCCUAGCUCAAAUCAAAGCCCAGCUUCUGAAGAAGUUCCUCUGCACCAAACGAUCGUGGAUGAAGUUCUGCUGGACUACCUUCAUCGUACCGGUAGCGAUCAUGAUUCUGGUAGCGUUUCCAAUCGAAAUCAAAACGAACAACUCGCUUCCGCCGCUGGAGAUGUCUCUUGCCACGUACGGAAAUUCGUUCAGCGUGGUCCAGCAAUCGAACGCACCGGUUGCGACCGAAUAUCAACGAUUGUUCCGAGGUGGACAAAAAGUGGAACCCAUUGGGACCGAUAUGGAGUCUUACAUCUUGCAAAAGUACAACGGAUCGAUUUUGGAAUACAAUUCCCGUUUACUCGUGGGAGCGAGCUUCUCCGAGGACUCCUACACCGGUUGGUUCAACGCCAAGAACCUUCACUCCGCUCCACUGGCGUUAAACCUUAUUUUCAACGCGAUUCUACACACUGUGUGUCCCUCCUGCAGCAUAACGACCGUAAAUCAUCCCCUACCGCGACAAAACGACGGAAACAGUAAUUCAUCGGAUCACGGAGACUACUUGCAACAUGUGAACAUCAUCUUAGCAAUCAUAUUCAUCAUGGCUUACGUUCCAUCGUCGUACGUUACCUUCUACAUCCGGGAGCGUACCAGUCGUGUCAAGCUACUUCAGGUUGUCAGCGGCCUUCGCACGGAACUCUACUGGUUCGUCAGCUUCCUGUGGGACCUUCUGGCCUUCACGCUCUGCUGUCUGGUGAUUAUGAUCAUGCUGGUCGCUUAUCAGGUCGAUGGAUGGAGUGAUCAUCAAGCCCUGUCCAUCCUUUUCUUAAUCUUCCUAGUGUUUGCUCUGGCAACACUUCCCAUGAUCUACCUACUCUCCUUUAUGAUAGGCAAUCCCGCAUCUGGAUAUUCUAGGGUUCUCCUGAUCAUCGGAAUUGGUGCUAUUGGUCUUCUACUCGUUCGCCUGCUAUUCGUCUACAUCGAGUUUAACAAGCUAGCAGACCUGAUCGGAUAUGGCUUCAUGUUUAUUCCUACAAUUGCUCUGGGAACCGUUUUAGACUCAUUUUCUAACUACUUAAAUACCUUGAAAAACUGUAAAAUGCUUUGCAAUCUCAUUGGUAAUUGCGACAUGAAAAAACUGUGCCAGGAUUUUCCGCAAUGUUGCUCAGCCUAUUCCGAUCUGUUCAGCUUCUCCUCCAAAGGGAUACUUCGAGAACUUUGUUGCAUGAUCGCAACAGGAACCAUAUGUUUCAUUCUGAUUCACUGCAUCGAACGUAAGCUGUUCCGCCGUCUUUGGACGACAAUCUACCCUUCCAAAGACUAUCGCUACACAGUUCCCCAGCCGCAGAUGGACUCAGACGUCCUGCUCGAGAAGAGUCGCGUUUCUCAGAUGAACGACACGGACAUUACCGCCCACAGUCUGGUCCUGCGCAAUCUCACCAAAAACUAUGGUCCCGUUUCGGCCGUCAAAUGGCUGUCACUUGGAACGUACCCUGCCGAGUGUUUCGGCCUUCUCGGUGUUAACGGAGCUGGCAAAACCACGACCUUCCGAAUGAUGACCGGAGAUGAGAGCAUCUCGUUUGGUGACGUUUGGAUCAAUGGUGUCAGUGUCAGGACAAACCUCGCUCAAGCCUACCGACACGUUGGAUAUUGCCCUCAGUUCGACGGACUGCUGGACGAACUGACCGGAUGGGAGACUCUCCACAUCUUUGCUACCCUCCGUGGUAUACCUGCAGCUUACAUCCAAUCAGUCAUACGAUCGCAAGCCGAAGAACUCGGACUAACCAUGCAUUUGGACAAACCGACCCGGGACUAUAGCGGCGGCACCAAGAGAAAGCUCAGCACCGCUCUGGCUCUGAUUGGUAAUCCGUCGGUAAUCUUCCUGGAUGAACCCACCAGCGGAAUGGACCCCGGAGCCAAGCGCCAGCUGUGGAACGUGAUCAAUCGGCUGCGCGACGCCGGAAGAACCAUCGUCCUAACCACGCACAGCAUGGACGAGUGCGAGGCGCUGUGCACCCGGCUGGCCAUCAUGGUCAACGGCGAGUUCAAGUGUUUGGGCUCGACACAACAUUUGAAGAACAAGUUCUCCGGUGGAUUCCUGCUGGACAUCAAGAUGGCGAGCGCUCCAAACUUGGACGAGUUGAAGAUUCGGGUGGCGGCAGUUAAAGCGUUCGUGUCCGAACGCUUCCGGGAAGCUGUACUGAAGGAGGACCUACAAAGCUCGCUUAGCUACCAUAUUCCAAGGAGCGAGCUCACCUGGUCGGCCAUGUUCGGUAUUAUGGAAGCCUCGAAGGAGGUGCUCGGAAUCGAAGAGUAUUCGCUGGGGCAAACGACGCUGGAGCAGGUGUUCCUGGUGUUCGCCAACAGCAACAGCUGGUAGUGACUUACUUUAUUCGUGUAAAUAUGCUUAACUUUUUUAUGAAAAUUGAAACCGCUUACCAGUGACGAAAACCGGUCUGGUCUACUGCUUAGUUUAGCAAGAGUAUAUCAAUGUGCCCGGGGUUACCUGGAAGGAAGCAAGCGAGAAAGUUUUAUAUUAGUGUGAUAACUUUACCAAACAAACGCUCUAGUGGUAAUCGAAUACCAGUGUUAUUAUUGAUCGGAAUUUAUCGAAUUUACCAGUAAAUAUAACCAUGCAUUAAA